AUGCGUUCUCGCCGAGGGCAUUCGCGUUCCUCGGAUAAGGGCUCCUUCCAAAGAGUCAUUAUCGAGGGUUUGAAACCUCCAUUCGAUAAGGAUGACAGUAUCCGCACUUGGCUUGCAAGAUAUGGAACCGUUGAAGGCAAGCGCAUCUCUGGUUGUGUAAUUUCUGUAAAUCACUACAUACUUGCGUUUUGUGGAAACAUAAAAAUUGAAAGGUUCCACAAGAGCAUCGUUGUCAAGUUCUCGUCAGAAUUGCAGGCAGCAGAGGUGGUUCGGUGUGAAAACGGGAUUCGUGGUUCUGGAUCUAACAUUAAGGUGCACCUCGCAGACUCGGACACGUUUCAUCAGCUCGUUCGAGUACGCUCGAAUCGGAAAAGGUCUUUAUCGCUACAACAAAAACGAAGUGCUAGCUCCAGGUCAGGGUCAUCAACAAGACUUGCCCGCAAACCUCGUUUGAAAACGGUAGGUUCUCGUCAAUCAGAUGUCAGGAGCCAGCCUUCCAAGGGUGAGACACCAGCUCAGGAGCCCAAGGAAGCGACAAUCUCGUCACAACAGCAACAUCAACACCAUAGUCUUCAGAUCCCCUCCACUUCUCGAAGUUCCGGCGAAUACGACGUGGCUAUUUUGGCCAUCACGCACGAUCUGGUACAGUACGCGGAAGCGGUGCAGGCUCUUCUUCAUCGUCGCGCCGUCGAGGAGAGAGGCGGGGUAUUGAAUCAUCAGGAUCAGGGUCAACCACAGGAGGUGACGGAUCUUCACGUCCGCCCACCUAGGGUUAAGAUCAUGGUAUUGAUGAGUGUGGACCACAUCGCACCCUGUAUGCAGGAUCUAGGGGAGGAGGGUGUGCUCUUCGCCAUCCUCCUCAAUACCGCCAACAUGACUCACAACUCAUGCACUCUUCGCAUUCUGCAUUCGUCCACACAACAAGAACAUCGCAACAUGCCUCUACCUGAUGCGAUUGAUCUGCUCUUGCGGGACUUUUCUGAAUACCUGGAAGUCGAAGCAUCUUCAUCCGCAACCGUCUCAAAGGCGACCUCUCUACUUCCUCUGUCAGCACCAUCACUAUCGUCUCUUCAGCGACAUUCACAACAACCUCAACAACUUAAAGCUCGACAACAAAAACAAAUGCGUCACCGUCGUCGCUGUUGUCGCCAUCACCAUCGACAUAUUUCCCUCUCGUCUCCAUCAACUUGCACCUCUAUUUCCUCCUCUUCAUUGUCCUUCAGAACUGCUUCCUCCUCGGCUACAUCAUCGUCACGCCACCUGCAUAAGUCGAAGCGACGGUCUCAUCAGUUGCAGCAGCAGAAGCAACCGCAUUUACACCGUCGGCGCAACCAUCCACAACAGCAGUGCUUGGCAAGAGAAGAGACAGAUGCAUUUUUAAAUACUUUGGGGGUAGAAACGAUUCCAGCACCCGACGAUCCUAGCUUCCUAGCGCCAUCGCGUCAUGUCGCAGUGCUUCUCCGCAUGCUAGCCGAUUCACGCAUUCUCUCAGUGGGCGAGUUGGACGAAAUUUCCGCCUUUAUUGCCCAACGGCGCGCACGGUUAACCAGCGAACUCAUUUCAGGUAAUGUGAAUCCAAGGGCCCUUAAUGCGGAGGAAUUCCAGUUUGUCAUUUUGGAGCCGAGAUUGCAGCGAGUUGAUUUUGACGGCUCUCCACUAUUCCACGCAGGCGUAAGCUCCAAUGCGGCCUUGAAGGCUCGUAUCAUGGAGACGCUCUAUCCAAGCUUCAGAGGCGGAGGUGGUGUAGCAAGGGGUCAUGUCACCUCGACACCCUCUACAGCACUACAAGCUCGACGCUCCCUGCCCGCCAAUGUGACUAGCAGCUCAACUGAUGUGGUCAGAAGCACGACUGCCGCUGCUGCUGUUGCCUCCAGUGCAGCUGUUGUUCCUACUCAAACACCCUCUGUGGGAACGGCUAGUUCAAAGUGCGGGUUCGGUGUAAGAGCUUUGCAUUCUUCCAAAGUCGAGCAUGAAAUCGACUUUCCCCUCCUCAUUUUAGCGGGACCGCUGGUGCGUCGCGUAUCUCCCUCUUCCCAGUUGUGCAUCGACACGUCGGAACCGUUGAGUUUGAACGAGUCGAGGUUCUCAAGUGCUGGCGAGGUGAUCAUCACACCGAAUGUUGGACCAAAGAAGUCGAUGUCCUUGCACAGAGAGGCACUCUCCUUUAGUCGUUACCACGUCACAUUCAGCAAUUUGUCCAAUCGACGUUUUCCGCGACCUCGUCGAGGUUUGAAGGGAAAGUUUAGAAAGAACGGAUCCGAAUAA